GCAGCGCCCAAGCUGUUCCGGGCCGCCGGGCAGCCAUGGCGGAUGAGGAGGAGGACGUGCCGUUCGAAGAGGACGCGGAGGACGCCGGCGGGGGCCUGGACGGCGGGCAGGGCAGGAGGAAGCGGCUGUUCUCCAAAGAGCUAAGGUGCAUGAUGUAUGGAUUCGGAGACGACCAGAACCCUUACACAGAAUCAGUGGACAUUCUUGAGGACCUGGUAAUAGAGUUUAUCACUGAAAUGACACACAAAGCCAUGUCCAUCGGGCGGCAGGGUCGGGUGCAGGUUGAGGACAUUGUCUUUCUAAUACGCAAGGACCCCCGGAAGUUUGCCAGAGUUAAAGACCUCCUAACCAUGAAUGAAGAACUGAAACGAGCCAGAAAGGCCUUUGAUGAAGCAAACUAUGGGUCUUGAUUUUGUGCACAAGCUGCACUGGGGCAUUAUUUGGGCACCUACUGCCCCGUAAGAAGGAAGCUCAUGUGUUGUUUGUAAGGGUUUUUUAGGAUGGAGGUCACUGCUGGAAUGUCUGCCCUCACUCCCUGCCUUUUCUGAGAAAUAUUCAAGCAGCUAAAACGUUACUUGAUUGUAUGUGGUAUACUUAGGUAUUUUUAUACCAUUUGAUGAAAUGAGAAAAAGAGCUCUAAAAAUUCCUGCAAUGGCAGGAGUCUGUUUCAAGUAGGCCUGUGUUGCAUCAGAUGGCUCAAGGGCUGAUGAUUCAUGAUUCUCUAAAAUUGUUUUAGUUGUCACUGGGUAUUCCUGUGACAGGAAACCCUGAAAAUGGAUCUUGGUUAUCUGUAUGAAGACUUCAAGCCCAAACUACUAUCAAAGUUGUGCUCUUUGCUCUGUAUAUGCUUCUUGAAUAAAACACAAGUUUGUGCCCA